CGCACCCCCACACGCACAACAGCGAAGCUCUAUAUACGGACGUACGUGUACCGACCGCCGGGGACGGACCACACCACCGUUCGUCGUCGUGGACAUCUUCUCUCUCCUGCAUCAACCUCGAAGGAACAAGGAUCUGUGCCACAUACAUGGUGUCAUUUGAAAGAUUUUCAAAGUCUUCAUUAACAUGACCAAAAGUAAAAUACCUAACAGGUGGGAAUGCUAUGCUUCCUUGGGAAAGUGUAUUUCAGGUACAAGACUACUUGCUUUCAAAGUUCCCUUAAAACAGGAACUAUGCCGGAAUCUAAAGCCACAUGAAAGAUUUACUCCAGAAAACUUAAUAGAGAGAGUUUCUGUGUCUGGACAGCCACUUGGUCUUGUUAUUGAUCUGACUAACACUAGUAGAUACUACAAUCCUCAGGAAAUCGAACGGGCUGGAAUUGAAUAUUAUAAGCUCAAUACAGAAGGCCACAUCAUUCCAGCAGAAAGAAUUGUGCAAAGGUUUACAAGAAUUGUACAAGAUUUUACAAGGAAUCAUUCAAACAAUGGUUUUUUUAUAGGAGUUCACUGCACACAUGGAAUCAACAGAACAGGCUAUCUCAUCUGCAGGUAUAUGGUUGAAAACUUGGGGUUUACAUCCUCGGACGCACUGAUUGCAUUUGCAGAUGCAAGAGGCCACAAAGUAGAGAGACAGAAUUACAUAGAUGACCUUCAUAGACUAAGUGGAGCAAAGCAAACAUCUUACAGAGCCAGAAGCCGUGUAAUGCACUUUGAUGAAUCCUCCUCACUUGCAUCCCAAGACAUUGAAAGGUCAAAUCACGCUACUACUCAAUGUGCAAGUAACCCCAUUCAAGUAAACACUAAUCCCAAUGGCAGCAGUAGUCAGAUUGAAUCCCAAAGAAGGAAAAGGCCACAUAGUAGUCAGACUGCAACUACUAAGAGAGAAGUUGAUAUAUGUAAACCCAAACUAGGUAGACAUAUCCGCUUCACUUCAGAUUCUUCAGAUGACUGUGUACCACACGAUAUUGAGCAUCAACAUUUACCAGUGUUUAGUCAUGCCAAGAAUGAUUCAUAUCAUAAUGCAUAUCAACCAACUAAUUAUACCUCUAGAGAUGUCAGUUAUAAACAGUGUAGUAGACAGCCAUUUGACAAUGGGCAAUAUGCUGUUCAAUCCGAUUGGCGCUCCAGGCAAACCCAUCAAUCAUCACAGUUUAGUUGCCAGGAUUAUUACAGUUAUAGAACCCCAAUGAGUUAUUACCACAAAUCUAACAAACCCAAAAAUAAGCCUAAAAACCAUAAACAACAGAAGUGAAUUUGUUUUAAUGCCUAAGGGUAUUAGAAAUGAUACAAAUUUGUUCCACAUAGUUAUUAUAAGCUUAUAAUUCUAAUACUCAUCUUAAAAUAUUUUACCCUUGGUUGAUCCAAUUUUCCAGUGAUUAUUAUUAUUAUUAUUAGUAUUAUU